AUGUCCCAGGACUUCACUCCCAAUCAUAUAUCCGAACUUACGUCAAGUAUGAGUCAAAUUUUGCAACUCGACUUAGAGCCCUGCGAGAAUAAUUCCAAACCGCGUACAAUUUUCAUCAAUUGCGAAGGAAAGUCUCGGGUACAAGUUCGGGAAGAGGCAGAGGAGAAGAUGGCAGAACAUUGGGGGGUCCCAAUGGAGAGAUUUACGCGCAUGCUGCCUGUUCCUGUGUUGGAAUUCAAAAUCAAAACUUCUGAAGAAGCGGGUGGUGGGGAGGCCCUCAACUUUCUCAUACUGCAAAAAGGACUUGAUGCGAAUGCGAUUAUGGAGGCAUUUAUUUUUCCGGAUUCCUGGAAGAGCGGACGCCGAAUGGUCAAAGUCAUUAAACCCACUUUUCCAGCCGGCGAGAAGGAGGUUGACUCGACUCACGACCACGCGUCAGGCAACGAGGAAGUAGCCGCAGUCAACGACACAAAAGGGAAGCAGAGAGCAAGCUCAGGCACUGCUUUACCAGACGGCGAUAUGUCAGAAGAGGAAAGGAUGCUCGAGGGCGCUUUGGCUUUAUUGUCUUUGGGAAAGUAG